AUGGCCGCGCAAGCUCGGCUGCGGCUCCUCUCCACCCUAACAUUCCUAGUAGUCCACGUGGCGACAGCAGCACCUGCUGCCGCGAUAAGCUGCCUGCCGAGGACAUGUGGCAACCUGACCAUCGCCUACCCGUUCUGGCUCCCGGACCAGCAGCCUUCCUCCUCCUCCUUGGCGCCGCCGUGCGGGCCGAGCGCCUUCCAGGUGGACUGCCGCAGCAGCCGUAUCUACGGGAAUGGCAGGAAUGAGAUAGCACAAAUAGUUUCGAUUUCAGUAGCUGCAAGCUUGCUCCUACCAUGUAUAUAUGUGUUGGUAUGUCAUAAGCAAAAACUAAGGUUUUUCCUAUGCAAAAAGACUAGCAGCACCACAGAAGAGAACAUCGAGGCCCUAAUAUUAUUACAUGGGUCACUAGCUCCAAAACGAGACAAGUACUCCGAAGUAACAAAGAUAACAUCUUCCCUUAAUAAUAAGCUUGGGGAAGGUGGUUAUGGCAUGGUUUUCAAAGGAAGGCUAGAUGAUCGUCGUCUAGUUGCAGUGAAGUUCCUGCAUGACUCCAAAGGUGACUGUGAGGAGUUUGUGAAUGGGGUUAUUAGUAUUGGCAGGACAUCUCACAUUAAUAUUGUUAGCUUAUUUGGGUUUUGUUUGGAAGGCUCAAAGAGGGCCCUCAUAUAUGAGUAUAUGCCAAAUGGUUCUUUGGAUAAGUAUAUAUACUCCGAGAAUCCCAAAGCAAUUUUAGGAUGGUAUAAGCUCUAUACCAUAGCAAUUGGGAUCGCUCGAGGGUUGGAAUACUUGCACCAUAGUUGUAAUACACGCAUAGUGCAUUUCGAUAUCAAGCCUCAAAAUAUCCUUCUGGAUCAGAACUUUCACCCAAAGAUUGCUGAUUUUGGUUUGGCCAAGUUGUGCCAUACCAAGGAGAGCAAACUUUCUAUGACCAGUGCUAGAGGAACACCUGGGUUUAUAGCUCCUGAAGUGCAUUCUCGAACCUUCGGAGUUGUUUCAGCAAAAUCAGAUGUUUAUAGUUAUGGAAUGAUGUUGCUAGAGAUGGUUGGAGGCAGAAAAAAUGUUAAAUCAAUGGCUCAAGAGUCAAGUGAAAUGUAUUUUCCACAUUGGAUUUAUGACCACUUUGGUCGAGGCGAUGGAUUACAGGCAUGUGAAGUUACACGUGAAAACAAAGGAAUCGCCAGAAAAAUGAGUGUGAUUGGCCUGUGGUGCAUCCAAAUAUUACCAAUGCACCGCCCUACCAUAGGAAAAGGUCUUGGAAAUGUUUGA